UGAAACCGCAUAAUGUUUACACUUGGGAGCACGAUGAAAGAGAAUUACAUUGGAAUCAUGGAACUACAAUGAGACGUAGUCAAGCCCCUAGUCAGAGAGGGGCAAUUGUCUGUGCAACACAGAGGACUGAUCAUGACAGUUUCCGUCAGGUAAAGAGACUCAAGACACUUCAUGACAAUGCAAGAGAUGAUGAAGUGGUCCAUCGUCAGCCCUUGUCUAGUAUCACCAAUACACCACAUUGUCCUGACGCCUUUUCUCAUGAAGCUUUUAUCAAGAAAAUUCUUUCGAAACCAUUCAAGGUUCCCAUCCCUAAUUACAAAGGUUCCUCUCUGGGUAGAGCCCUAGGGGUGAGAAGACACGGAGUCAGACAGCCUCUCCAUGAUCCUUACGAAGAAGGAGCUCUCAUUCUUUACACACCACCAGAGCUGAGUGCACAUGAACAGCUCAAAGUUGACAUAGAGAAAGUUCCUGUUCAUGUAGUGGUGGAUCCCAAACUGUCUGCAGUGUUGCGACCUCAUCAAAGGGAGGGUGUGAAGUUCAUGUAUGACUGUGUGACAGGUGUACAGAUACCAGACAGCUAUGGGUGUAUCAUGGCAGAUGAAAUGGGCCUUGGAAAGACACUACAGUGUAUAACUCUGAUGUGGACUUUACUGAGACAGAGUCCUGACUGUAGACCGUUUAUUGACAAGGUUGCCAUUGUUGCUCCAAGUAGUCUUGUCAAGAACUGGGCAAAUGAAAUUCAGAAAUGGUUAGGCACUGUUAUCAACAGUCUGGUGAUCGAUUCUGGCUCUAAGGACGACAUCGACCGCAACUUAGACCACUUCAUGCAGCAAAAAGGCCGACGUGUCCUCAACCCAGUCCUUAUCAUUUCUUACGAAACACUGCGACUGCAUGCCAAAGUCAUGUUGAAGGGCACCAUUGGUCUUGUGAUUUGUGAUGAGGGCCAUCGUCUGAAGAAUUGUGAGAACCAAACAUAUCAAGCUCUGAACAGCCUGAAGGCUCAGCGUCGCAUUCUGCUGUCUGGGACCCCCAUUCAGAAUGAUCUCCUUGAGUACUUCAGUCUCAUCCAUUUUGUUAAUGGAGGAAUACUUGGUACUGCCCUCGAAUUCAAGCGUAAAUUUGAGACUCCAAUCCUUCGUGGCCGAGAUGCUGCGGCUUCUGACCUGGAGCACAAGAAGGGUGAAGAGAAACUUGCAGAGUUGGCUGCUAUCGUAAACAAGUGUAUCAUCAGAAGGACCCAGGCCCUGCUGACCAGAUAUCUACCUGUGAAAAUUGAGCAGGUGGUGUGUUGCCGCCUGACUCCUUUGCAGACUGCCCUCUAUCAGCUGCUUGUGAAAUCAAAGGCUGGGGAUCCUGACAUGGAGUUUGAUGGUCGGCCCACAGGCACAAGCCUUUCUUUCAUAACUCAGCUAAAGAAACUUUGUAACCAUCCUGAUUUGAUAUAUGAUAAAUGUGUUGGAGAUGCUGAUGGUUUUGAAGGAUCACUUGAUCUUUUCCCUACUGGAUAUAACCUUAAAGUCGUGCGGCCAGAACUGUCAGGGAAGGUGUUGGUACUAGAUUGUCUCCUGGCCAUGAUUAAGUCGACCACCAGUGAUAAGAUGGUGUUAGUGUCCAACUACACACAGACGCUUGACCUGUUUGAGAAACUCUGUCGACUGAGAGGGUACAUCUUUGUAAGACUGGAUGGUUCUAUGUCUAUUAAAAAGAGAGCGAAAAUAGUAGAGAAUUUUAAUGAUCCUAAAAGUCCAGUAUUCAUUUUCAUGCUGAGUAGUAAGGCCGGAGGAUGUGGAUUAAAUCUGAUUGGCGCAAACCGACUAGUGAUGUUUGAUCCGGACUGGAACCCAGCUAAUGAUGAUCAGGCCAUGGCUCGUUGUUGGAGAGACGGUCAAAAGAAACAAUGUUUUAUAUACAGACUUAUAGCAACUGGUACCAUUGAAGAGAAGAUCUUUCAGCGCCAGGCCCACAAAAAGGCUCUCAGUUCCUGUGUUAUUGACAAAGAGGAGGAUGUGGAGCGACACUUUAGCCUUGGUGAACUCAAGGAACUCUUCAAACUGAAUGAGAAUACCAUCAGUGACACACAUGAAAAAUACAAGUGUAAGAGAUGUGUGAAUAAUAUUGAAGUGAAACCCCCUCCUGAGGGCUCGGACUGUAACUCGGACAUGUCACAGUGGCAUCAUUCCACAGACAAAAAAGGGCUUAAUGAUCUUGUCCUUAAGGGGUCAUGGAACCCAGCCAUCUCAUUUGUCUUUCAUCAUAAGUCUCAUGAGGAACAACGCAAAACUGCAUAAUGCUGAUGGAUAUCAAAUACGAAGAUUGUGUCCAAGUGUGAAGCUUAUUGUCUCAUUGAAUUUGGUGUGUCAACUAUGAAUUGUAAAGCUUCUUUCUGAUUAUUAACUUAAAUAAGAUAAAGUAAAACCCAAACCUGAAUUUCUACUUCCAGGGAAAAUAACAAAUAGGUGAAUCAGAUUUCAAGAGGGAAAGAAUUGUUUAUGAAUCUGUACUAAUAAGUAAUGUUUAUGUGGAUUUGGAAGCUUUAGAACUUAUGCAAUACGAUGAGGAUGAAUUCAUUGUAUAAUAUCACAGUGCUUGAUUUAUUCUGUAUGAAAAUCACAUUUUUUCUUGAAAUAAAGAACAAUA